UCCAACAAUGCAGCUUAAUGUAAAAUUGAUCGUGCACACAGGGGGAUCUAGAUCUAGCUACCUACGCGUACAUUAAACACCGAGCAUGCCAUUUUGUUAUCAACUUGCAUAAGGUGACAUAUAUUUUGAAGCCUUUUGAAGGUUUUAUUUGGAGACAUUUUGGAGCUUCAUACCGGUUUCAGGUCUUGUUAUUCAAUGUUGGAGGAGAAUUUGGAGGCCUUUCAUUCUUUGACGGACCUAGAAAAUGGGCACAACCAGGGCAGUAGCAGCUGACCCAUGAUGCCACUCUGCAGGACUGUGCCCAGCCAUGCCCUCCUCCCCAACAUUUACCAGAAGGGGCUCCUCUUCACCCGACAGUUUGCUCACAUAGGUCAGAAAUACAACUACACCAUACAAGAGGAACGAUGGCAAGGACUUGUUUGAACUAUGGCACACCAGCAAGACAAAGGUGAAGUCCCCCUACAUCCUGAUACCAAAAGGAAAACCACGAUCAGGUAGAGCCACUCAGAUGACAUUUUAUGAGGACAAAACAAGUCGAUUUAACAAUUCUGAUGGUUUAGAGCCAACACUGUUACACCAUGUUGACGAGGUUGCACCAUGGCUGCUGAUCCCUGUAGACUAGUAGAGACUCCGGCGCGGCGCUGAGCUAAGCCCAGUGACCCUAACCCAUGAUGCAGCGUAACGGUGGUGGGGUGGGGCCCGGCGGCCAGCCGUGGCUGCUGCGGCGCGUGCGCCUCACCUGGCUCAGCUUCAUGCUCUUCUUCAUCCUGGUUUUCUUCCCACUCAUCGCCCACUACUACCUCACCACCAUCGACGAGGCGGGCGGCCCCGACAAGCGCAUCUUCGGCCCGCGUCCCGGUGGCGAACUGUGCGAGGCCAAGCACGUGCAAGACCUGUGCCGCAUCCGUGAGUCAGUCAGUGAGGAGCUGCUACAGCUGGAGGCAAAGCGGCAGGAGCUGAACGGGGAGAUCUCCCGGCUCAACCUGCGCAUCGAGGCGUGCAAGCGGAGCAUCGACAGUGCCAAGCAGGACCUGCUGCAGCUGAAGAAUGUCAUCAGCCAGACAGAGCACUCGUACAAAGAGCUGAUGGCCCAGAACCAGCCCAAGCUCUCUCUGCCCGUGAGGUUAUUACCCGACAAGGACGACCCGGGCCUGCCCCCGCCCAAGUCUGCCCGUGCCUGCCGCCUGCGCUCCUGCUUCGACUACGCCCGCUGCCCGUUGACCUCUGGCUUCCCUGUGUACGUCUAUGACACGGCCUCCUACCCCUGGGGCGAGUCCCUGGACCCAUUGGUCAAGCAGGCCUUCACCACCUCGGUAAAGAGCAGCAUCUAUGUGACGAACAACCCCAGCAUCGCCUGUCUGUAUGUGGUGCUGGUUGGGGAGCUUCAGGAGACUCCCUCCUCCCCCCUCCCGGCUCCCUUGGAGCUGGAGAAGCAGCUGAAGGCCCUGCCCUACUGGAGGUCCGAUGGACACAACCACCUCCUGGUCCAUCUUUCCAGGAAGUCCAUGACGCAGAACUUCCUGUACAAUGUGAGCACGGGCCGAGCGGCAGUGGCCCAGUCCACCUUCCUGGAGCAGCAGUACCGCGAGGGCUUUGACUUGGUGGUGUCCCCGCUGGUCCACGCCCUCUCUGAGCCCAACUUCCUGGAGGUGCCGCCCCAGGUGCCCGUCAAGAGGAAGUACCUGUUCACCUUCCAGGGCGAGAAGGUGGAGUCUCUGCGAAGUAGCCUGCAGGAGGGACCGCACCAGUCCUUUGAGGAGGAGAUGGAGGGAGAUGCGCCAGCCGACUACGACGACCGCAUCAUCGGCACACUCAAGGCAGUGCAGGACAGCCACCUGGACCAGGUGCUGGUGGAGUUCACCUGUAAGACCCCGCGGCCCAGCCUGCCUACCGAGUGGGCUCUGUGUGGCGAGAGGGAGGAGCGGCUCGAGGUCCUCAAGGCCUCCACCUUCGCCCUGGUCAUCUCCCCCGGGGACUGUCAGUUGGUGGCCUCGGCAGGCAGUAGCAUGAGGCUGUUUGAAGCCCUAGAGGUGGGGGCCAUCCCUGUGGUGCUUGGGGACCACGCUAGGCUGCCCUACCAUAUGCUGAUCCGCUGGAGCGAGGCAGCCAUCAUGGUGCCUAAGCCCCGCAUCACCGAGCUGCAUUUCCUGCUGCGCAGCCUAUCAGACAACGACCUGCUGGCCAUGCGACGACAGGGCCGCUUCCUGUGGGAGACCUACUUCUCCACCUCGGAGAAUGUACUGGGCACCAUCCUGGCCAGCGUCCGGACCAGCAUCCAGGUGCCUGCCGCACCCAUCCGCGAGGAGCCCGCCCAGGAGAUCCCUCACAAAGCAGGCAAGAUGGCCGGCACGGACGCCAACCUGGCCGACAACGGUGACCUGGACCUGGGCCCCGUGGAGACGGAGCCACCCUACGCCUCGCCACGCUUCCUCCGCAACUUUACCUACACGUCAGCCAACACCUACCAGACCUGGAACCGUGCCCCGGGACCUUUCCAUCUGUUCCCCCACACACCGCUGGACCCCGUGCUGCCCUCGGAGGCCAAGUUUCUGGGCUCGGGCACGGGCUUCCGCCCCAUUGGCGGCGGUGCUGGGGGCUCGGGGAAGGAGUUUCAGGCAGCGCUGGGUGGUAACGUGCCCCGGGAGCAGUUCACGGUGGUCAUGCUGACCUACGAGAGGGAGGAGGUGCUAAUGAACUCCCUGGAACGGCUCAACGGGUUGCCCUACCUCAACAAGGUGGUGGUGGUGUGGAACUCCCCCAAGCCUCCUUCAGACGACCUACUGUGGCCAGACAUCGGCCUGCCCAUCGUGGUGGUGCGCACGGAGAAGAACAGCCUCAACAACCGCUUCCUGCCCUGGGACGCCGUGGAGACGGAGGCCAUCUUGUCCAUCGACGACGACGCCCACCUCCGCCAUGACGAGAUUAUGUUUGGGUUCAGGGUGUGGCGGGAGGCCAGGGACCGCAUCGUGGGCUUCCCCGGGAGGUUCCAUGCCUGGGACGUCAACCACCAGUCAUGGCUCUACAACUCUAACUACUCCUGUGAACUGUCAAUGGUGCUGACGGGCGCCGCCUUCUUUCACAAGUACUACGCGUACCUGUACUCGUAUGUGAUGCCUCAGGCCAUCCGCGACAUGGUGGACGAGUACAUCAACUGCGAGGAUAUCGCCAUGAACUUCCUGGUGUCACACAUCACCCGAAAGCCCCCUAUCAAGGUGACGUCUCGUUGGACCUUCCGCUGCCCCGGCUGCCCGCAGGCCCUGUCGCACGACGACUCUCACUUCCACGAGCGCCAUAAGUGCAUCAACUUCUUUGUCAAGGUGUACGGCUACAUGCCCUUACUCUACACACAGUUCCGCGUGGACUCUGUGCUCUUCAAGACACGUCUGCCCCACGACAAGACUAAGUGCUUCAAGUUCAUCUAGCCCAGGGCUAGGCUCAGCUAAGGAAGUUGGGCAGAACGGAGCAAGAGAAUGAGGAACUCGGGCAAAACGGAAGAAAGGCGGAAGAGGGAGCAGAGAGGGCUGGUUCUGAGAUGGAUGGAGGUUUGGGGGUGAGGGCCUACACCCAAGAAUUGGAUCUAGGAUGGACAAUAACAACCCUCUCCAGUUAAUUGGCUGAACCCCCUCAGACCUGCCCCCCCACACCUUUACUGGAACCCCUGAUAGGCUGGAAGCAGAGAAGGGCCGCUGCCAAUCAAAAAGCCUUUUCAUAUUUUUUUUCUGUCCUCGUGUCGUCUGUGUGUUUUAUCAGCAACCACUACAGAUUCAAUUUUUUGCGCCACUUUUUAUGGGCAAGAGGGUGGUAACACUGCCUACCCAACGACUUAACUUGACUCUCAGAGCCAAACUCAAACUGACAAUGUAAACGACUGGUUUUAAACUGACACAGGGAGAGAGAGACUGAGAGACAGUGGACUGUCGCAGUGGGCCCUGAGCUCUGGAAUCGCUAGCUAGACAUGUAACCUUUUGGGAGAGAAACAAAGGGGCAAAGGCAUAUACGGUUUGUCAUUGCACUCAUUUCUUUAUUUUAUUUUUUUUACUCAUUUUACAUUUAUAUACUCUACUCUUGUAUAUAAAACCGCAAGAGAGGCACUGAUGGUCGCAGAAGUAUUUUUUUUCAGUCAUCUUGUUUUUUUGUUUUUUUACGUGGUGUUUAAUUUUGUAAAUCUCAAUCUCGACGUGGGAUUAUCAGUCACCAGACCCUCUUGUCGUUGGCAGACCCGUAGAAAUAGAAUUACGAGAAUGGGCAAAGCCCCUCAGACCAUGGCAUUCUCAGAGUAGAUUUUGUUUCUAUGGGCCGACGUAAGCUAACUCCAGACAGGGUCCCGUUUGUCACUCUGCCUCUCAAUGACUUAAGAUGGAGAGUAAGAACAGGACCAUUAGGCCGCAAGUUCUAUACAAUUACCCCCCUGAAAAAAAUCACUCAAAUAUUCAUAGGAAAAUGGGAAAGCAAUUACCUAACACGUUUGUUAAGGCUACAGCAGACUACAAUGGUUUUAAGCUGGACCGAAACACUUAGUAGGCCCUGUUGUUUUCAGAAUGGUUGUCACCUGCCGGCACUGAGCGUUUACACGGCUUUUUGUGACUUUUUGGAUCUUGGUGGUAUUAGGCUACCUAUCAAUGGUCGGCGUUAAAUGACGGAGUAGUCGUUCCUAUAUAGUCCUCUAAUGAAGUGUUCAGUAAUGGAGGAGGGUGACCUUGCCCCUAGAUUCUGAUAUUGGGUCAGUUUUGCAUUUCCCCCACCAAUGGUUAAAGGCCCAGUGCAGUCAAAACCGUGGAUUUUUGUGUUUUAUCAUGUAUUUCCACACUGUGAGGUUGGAAUAAUACUGUGAAAUUGUGAAAAUUAUGACGCCUUUUUUUAGUGUAAGAGCUAUUUGAAAAGACAGACAGUUCAGCCUGUUUUGGUGGGAGGGAGUUUUGGCGUGCCUGGUGACAUUACCAGGCGGUAAAUAAGACUUUCAGACCUCUCUGCCAAUAACAGCUCAGACCACUGCUCUUUGCUAAGAAGCUAUUUUUGUUUUGUUUUCAAUUAAAAUGGCCAAAAAGAAUCACAGUAAGGUACUUAAUUGUUACCCAGAAGUGAUUUGAUAUUGAGAUAAAAAUGGCUGCAUUGGACCUUUUUAAGGUUAGGAUUGGGGGAGGAGAAGCUGAUCCCAGAUCUAUACCAAGGGGAAGACUUCACCCUGGAACAUUUAAUAAUGGUUUCAAUUGGGCACUUGUGGGAAACACAAGUCUAAAAAUAUAUCAGACCUUAGUGCAAGGAACUGAAAAACAAGCUUAUUUCGACAGAAGAUAUUUUGGUGUUUCUAUCCCUCAUCAUCAUCACAGUUCCAUUCAGUAUUAACCUCCAAAAUGAGCUGCUUCUCUGUACAGCGUCUCCACGUCAGGUCCCUCAAGUUUCAUUUUGUAACGAUUGAUGCUCAAUGAAUGUUUUCUUUGCCAAAUAGGUACGAUUUGUAACUGCUGAAAAACAGCACAAUGUUUUGCAAAGUGUGAACGCUUGUUAAUAGGAUGCGGUCUGGUACACCCUUGCCCCCUCACCCCUUUUAGACAGUAUCCCCGCACUCCCCCCUCCUAAAAAAAAAAAAGAAAGAAAAGUUGACUCCCCCCUCAUCUAUUGAAAUGGCAGUGCCUAUACAGCCCUUAUUAAUUAACGUACUUUGACCUUUUCUGGCUUCAUUCCAUUGAUUUGACUUGAUCUAUUCUGUAACACUAUAUCCUUUAUUUGAGAUGAUUCAGGAGAUGUGACGAUACUGUUGAUCAGCAAUAGGAAUCUAUUUGAUUCUGGGAAGUUCAAACUAUGGGACUCCACAUUAUCGUCCCCAUAAUGUCUGUAUAUUUAUUGAAUUGAAUAUAUAAAAUGGGUAUACUAAGGCUUGCUUCUGAAGGGGUUAACUUUGUGAAUAGAAAUGAUGACUGCAAUAAAAUGAAACGUGAUCUUGGUCAACGGAACCUCCUCACCUGACUGACCACGCAUCACUGCCCCACUUCCACAUUGGUUCAAAGUCCUUUCAUUGAAAUGACGUGGAAACAAUGUUGAUUCAACCAGUGUAUGUGUGCACAGUGGGGGGGCCUCAAUAAGACACUAACGAGAACCAGCAGGUGGCAUUGACAGCUCGACUUAAAACUCGCCCUAAAACACAGAUCUAGGGAUCAUCUCUAGCCUGCGCCAAUCCUAACUUGAACCUUUUUAAGAGGUGAAAAGCAAAACUGAUCUGAGAUCAAAUCUUGGAGACCACUACAGUCUGGGUAUGUGCUCAAACCUGUUUUUGACUGACUCAGUCAGUCCAUUUGCAAUAAUGUGCACUCACACAUACCAGUGGCUUGAGUUUGAGCUCCAGAUGCUGUCUGCAUAAUUACCUGGCUGACAGACACACUCCUAACAUUUCCUGGGGCAGGGAGGGGGUCGACUCGGGUGACGUCUCAUGCAGUGCUUUGGAAGUCCCACCUCUCCCCUCCCAGUUUUCCCCCUCGGCGGACAAUGACACAGCUGGUUUUUCUAGUGUCAACAGAUGAAGAAAGAGGGCCAGAAAAAAACACCAAUCAUUCCUCUAGCUAGCUGUUUAAGUGUUCUGAAACUAUGCGCUCAUGGGACUGUUUCCCCCAACACGCCCAGCCCUGGGUCUUGUUCAUUAGGCACCAAACAGACUGAAACAGGAAGUCCCUACCUGGUGUUGGUCCAGUACUUUAAAAAAAAAAAUCUGUUGAAAACAACAAAAAAACGCUUUAAAGCUGUUUGCUAGUGUGCCCCAAUGAAUAGGUCCCUGGGCUAGGCUCCCAGACAACUGCAACUACUGCUGCCUGCCCUGUACCAGACUGACCACUGAUGACAGGGUAAAACAAACUGUUGAAGGCCAGACAUGGAAUUAAAAUCUCGACGUUAGUUUAAAGCGUG